AAUGCUCUAAAAGCCAUUUUUGAACAGUAUGGAGAAAUUUUAGACAUUUCAGUGCGUAAUACUUUGAGAAUGCGUGGUCAAGCGUUCGUAGUUUUCAAAGAACAAGAAAGUGCCGUUAAUGCUGUUAAGGGAGUUCAAGGGUUUGCAUUGCAUGGGAAGCCAAUGUCAGAUGUAAUCGCAAUGCUGGAUGGAACUAUCGAGGAACAUAAAAGAUUAAGAUUAGAAGCGAAGGCGAAACAUAAUAAUAAUUUCCGUCAUCUUUUAGAAAAACGUGCUAAAGAACCUCCUGUAAAAAAAUUCAAGCCAAGUAAUGUAUCACAAUUUCAAUUGGGACCAUCAAAUGUUCCUGGUGUUCCUGCGACUGGGAAUAUUCCAGACGAAUAUCUUCCACCCAAUAAUAUUCUAUUUCUUCAAAAUUUACCGGGUGAUAUAACAGGAGCUGCCCUUACUGCUUUAUUUGAACAGUACGGUAUAGCAUUCGUAGAAUAUGAUAGCGAACCUCAGGCCAUGAUUGCAAAGGAAGCUUUAACCAAUCAUCCUAUAAGUCCUGAUAACAAGCUCAAGAUUACAUAUGCAAAAAAAUAA